AUGGCAGAGGCUGAGAAAAUCUACUUGGACCAGGAUAGAAGGCAAGCUUUUUCUAAGGAUUUGGCUAUUGCUAUGCAUAAGAAAACGGAGGAGUGGUUACGUGUGCUAAGACUGACUAGCACAAUUCAGGGUGGUUCUAGCGAUAAAGGAAAAACAGAAGCAUUACUCAAAGUGGCUGACUAUCACCGGGACAGGCAACGAUGGAAAGAAGCUGCUGAUCAUUAUGCGCUCGCGAAAAAGCUUGAAGAACUUGUAGUUUGUUACAUUCAUUUAGAUGAUUUCGCUAGCCUUGAAAAUCUUGCCCGUCAGUUGCCAGACAAUCAUCCUCUUCUCGCGACAAUCGCUGAGCUCUUUGCUUCAUCAGGACUAUGUGAGCAAGCUGUACAAUGUUUUCUUCGAUGUGAUCAAGUUUCAAAUGCGCUUCAAACUUGCAUACAGCUCAAUAAUUGGGACAAGGCAGUUUCGCUUUCUCGAACUCACAGUCUUGAAGAUGUGAACGUGUUGAUGGGAAAAUAUGUGGAAGAACUGAAUGAGAGCAGUGAACGAUCUUUGGCAGCGGUCCAGCUCUACAGAAGAGCGCAUAAAUAUUUGGAUGGAGCACGGAUUGUUUACAGGAUGGCAGAAGACGAGCGCAAGAAAGCAGCUCCUUGUCUUCGUCUCAAAAAGAUGUACAUCUUGGCUGCGCUUCUGAUUGAAGAAUACCAUCAAAACUACAAAGAGCGACUAUCUAAGGAACAAGGAGAGGAAGGAUCGAAGGUAGCAGCACAAAAAUAA